AUGGCCUCCCUCACCGCCGGCAGGACCGCGUUCACCGCCUCCUCCGCGUUCAGGCCGGAGCGCAGAUCUGUGGUGGUUCGCGCGAUGGCCACUCAGCUGUCCCAGGAUGAGCUGAAGAAGCAGGCGGCCUGGAAGGCGGUGGACUACGUCAAGUCCGGCAUGGUCGUCGGCCUGGGCACGGGCUCCACGGCCGCGUUUGCCGUCGACCGCAUCGGGCAGCUGCUCAAGGACGGCACCCUCAAGGACAUCAUCGGCGCCAAGAGCCUAGGCAUCCCUCUGGCCACCCUGGACGAGCAGCCCAAGCUCGACGUCGCCAUCGACGGCGCCGACGAGGUGGACCCCAACUUGGAUGUGGUGAAGGGGCGCGGCGGCGCGCUGCUGCGCGAGAAGAUGGUUGAGAAGGCCAGCGCCAAAUUUGUGUGCAUUGUGGACGACAGCAAGCUCGUCAAGGGGCUGGGCGGCAGCAAGCUGGCCAUGCCGGUGGAGAUCGUGCAGUUCUGCCACAAGUGA